UUGGCGCCACUUCCGGAUUACGAGUAUCCGCCCCCUUCGUUCCCGGAAGUGGAGAGGAGCGGCGUUGCCAUGGCGGCGACCCUGGGGCAGGUGCUGGCUCUGGUGCUGGUCGCCGCUCUGUGGGGCGGCACACAGCCAUUGCUGAAGCGGGCCUCCUCCCGCCUGCAGCAGGUUCAUGAGCGGACCUGGGCCCGGCAGUUGCUGCAGGAAAUGAAAACCCUCUUCUUGAAUCCCGAGUACCUGAUGCCCUUUUCUCUCAACCAGUGUGGUUCCCUUCUCUAUUACCUCACCUUGGCAUCAACAGAUCUGACCCUAGCUGUGCCCAUCAGUAACUCUCUGGCCAUCAUCUUUACACUGAUUGUUGGGAAGGUCCUUGGAGAAGAUAUUGGUGGAAAACGAGCAUUUGCUGGCAUGGCGCUCACCGUGGCAGGAAUUACACUCUGCAUCACAAGCUCAGUGACCAAGAUGCAAGGGCAACUGUCUGCACUUUGAACCAAGGCCACCUCCAGCUUUGCUCUCUCCAGGAGACCCUUGGGCCAUGAGGUGGUGGCAGUGAGCCUGGUAAUUAGCCCUCCCACCCCCAGCCCCAGCCCCAGCCUCAGCUUCCUCACCUCCUGGGAUAAUAACUACCUCAUGGAUCGUAAUAAGAGAACAAGAGUGGAAGGGUUUUGUAACUUUCAAGUGCUGUUCAACCACUCAGACUUAGCACAAGAGGCUUCACCCUCACCCUCAGCAGCCCUCGUGCCCCAGCAGCACUCUCUGCUGUCACAUCAGGUCCCCAGACCUGCCACCGGUACUAUGGCCUGACCUGGACUAUCCCAGCAGCUGGAUGGUGGACUGCAGAACCCCAGCUGCAAGGAGAAGGCCAGCUACAGCCUCUGAGCCAGAAAUGCAAACAGGAGGCCUCCAGGGCUCAGCCUUUGCUGGCUGAGCAGGGAACUGAGGGAAAGUGUCUAAGAAUAGCAGAUGACAUUGGGGAGAGGAGCUGGCUGUUAGCCUCGCCUGUCCCUCCGUUGAGGUGGGUGUAAAUCCUCAACUGCCUGCUCCCCUCAAAUGCCUGUGGGCCCGGGCACUGCCCAGCUCUAGCGUGUGGAGCAAUGCUGGGUGAGCAGUUGUUGUUGAGUCGCUAAGUCAGUUGUCUGUAAUAAAUCUGUAGUAAACA